UUAGGGUCAGGCGUGAAGGUAGAGCCGUAAAGGUGUCGAAGUCCCGUGAGAGAGAGAGAGAGAGAGAGGGUAAAACAAUGACGGAUCUGCGUAGUUCGAAGAGGUUGAUGUGAAUGAUGGCUAUUUCUUCAUCUGUGAAAGAGAGAGAGGGAGGGGAUAAAACGACGUCGGGUAUGCGAAGUUCGAAGAAAUUGAGCGCUAGUUCUUCAUCUUUGAAAGAGGGAAAGGGUAAAACGAUGGGGGACCUGCGGAGUUCGAAGGGAUUGAGGAUUAGUUCUUCAUCCAACUCUGAAAAAUCGCGUAUGGAUAAACCCAAUGAGUUACGUCUGUACACACUUAAAGAAUGUCAGGAUAUCGUAAGGCCAUAUGCAACUGAGGCCAUUAGUUUUUAUAACGAUAGAAACGCAGGUGCAAAAUAUGAGCUGGUGGAGCCUGGUAACCAUACACCUGUGCUUCUUGCGACAUGCUUUCUUCACCAUGUCGACUUCACGGCUAAGAAGACUGAUGUUCCUGAUGCUCCAGAGGAGAUGUUUUUUGCUGAACUGACGACUACCGACAAUGUUCGUCAUGUCACGUUUUGCAAAUGUAUGGGGCCAAAGAACUUAAUUACAGGAGAUAAAAACAAUGGCUGUUGUUUUUGCAAGUCUUACAAUGUCCAGCAUCCUACGGGUGGAGGAUUCAAGGCUGGCCGUCACGGAUUAUUCCCGGAUGAGAAAAACUACAGUCUUAUUGAUCGUGUGUAUUGAAAUUUAAUUUAGAGUGGGUAUUAUGUUUGACGUGGUUGCCUUUUGACAUUUGUGCCUCCAAAUGAAAAUCUUGCUUCUGUGUUAGUACUUGUUGUGUAGUGGGACAUAUGUAAAAGUUUCUGAGCAACUUAAGGAUGGCAUAAUAUUAUGGUUCAAUAUGGAGGUUUCGACUUUGUAGUUUGUCAAAA